AUGCUAAGCAUCGAGAGUGUUUUGGAGAGUGCUGCAGACCAGUCUUGCAUCCGGCUGGAGCCCCUGGUGAACACGCACUUAUCGGGAAAGACGACGACGACCGGUGGCAGCUGCGAUGUCUUCACAGAUGGCAGCACCAAAGUGACAGCCAACGGGGUGCACGACAUAGAGGACCGGAUUCUGAGGAUCACCGGCUACUACGGCUACAACCCGGGGUACUCCAGUCAUAGAAGAGAGGAUGGCUCAGAGUCUCAUGCAGAGACACCGGGCAGCGAGACCAGUGAAGAGAGCCGGUCCUAUCAGACAUGUACCCACACGGCUCUGAAGGUGCUGGGGGGUCUGCUGCUGGUGCUGUGUGUCUCCUCCUCCUGGGUGGGUACCACUCAGGUGGUAAAGCUGACCUUCCAGUCGUUCUCCUGUCCUUUCUUCAUCUCCUGGUUCAGCAGCAACUGGAACAUCCUCUUCUUCCCCAUCUACUACUCUGGACUGGUGGUUACUAAAAGGGAGAAGCAGACUCCCAUACAGAAAUUCAGGGAGUGCAGCAAGCUCUUUGGGGAGGAUGGGAUGACUCUCAAGCUUUUCGUAAAGAGGACAGCCCCCUUCUCGAUCCUGUGGACGCUGACCAACUACCUUUACCUCAUGGCGUUGAAGAAACUGACCGCAACUGAUGUCUCUGCGCUCUACUGCUGCCACAAGGCUUUCGUCUUUCUUUUGUCCUGGAUUGUUCUCAAGGACCGUUUCAUGGGGGUUCGGAUUGUGGCAGCUAUCAUGGCCAUCACAGGUAUUGUCAUGAUGGCUUAUGCUGAUGGUUUCCAUGGUGAUUCUUUUGUGGGCGUGGCAUUAGCUGUGGGCUCGGCCUCCACAUCAGCUCUUUACAAGGUGCUGUUCAAGAUGUUUCUGGGCAGUGCAAACCUUGGAGAAGUGGCUCACUUCCUUUCCACCAUGGGCUUCUUCAACCUCAUCUUCAUCUCCUGUGUGCCCCUCAUCCUCUACUUCACCAAGGUGGAGCACUUGGGCUCACUGUCCUCCCUGCCCUGGGGAUACCUGUGUGGACUGGCAGGACUGUGGCUGGUUUUCAACAUCUUGGUGCAUGUUGGUGUGGUGCUGACGUACCCCAUUCUCAUCUCCAUAGGGACACUCCUCAGUGUGCCGGGCAAUGCAGCCGUAGAUGUUUUGAAACAUGAGGUGAUCUUCAGUGUGGUGCGCCUGGCAGCCACCUGCAUCAUCUGCCUGGGCUUCUUGCUCCUGCUGCUGCCUGAGGAGUGGGACUCAGUCACGCUGCGUUUCCUGGCCACCAUCGCAGACAAGAAGACGGAGGAACACGGCGAGGAGCUCACAGACUCCAGCGUCCACACACGAAGCCGCAGUCGGGCAAACGGCACUGUCUCUAUUCCCUUGGCAUGACAUGGCUGAGCUCUGCUAGUAGCCUGUGUUAACCAGUCUUUAAGCCCUGUCUGCAAAUGUUCCUCCAUGGUGUGGAGGUGUGACGGGAUUUUUGGUCCACGAGGACUCUAUCAGGGAGACAGGAAGUAUUGUCUUGAACUUCACUCUGGAGAUCUCUCACUAAAUCACUUCACAACAGGAGGGGGGGAACUGUUAAUCCUGAUGCUCAGUCCUGUUCCUCGCACGCACCCAAAACAAGAGCUGACUGACCUCCCCUCACCUGCUCUGUGGACUGUAUUCUGUGAAUAUAAAUAUUAACAGGGCCAAUUUGGCUCAAUCUUAUAUGUAUUUAUGAUAUUUAUUUAGAGCUUUAUCAAUAAGAGUAUUAUUUAGAAUCUUAUUGAAUAGUAUUAUAUACAAGAAUGGCAGUUAUACUAUGCUUAAUGUACAGGCUCUUUUGGUUUUGUAAUAAAAGACUUAAAACUCA